AAAAAGGGGACCAAAAAAAAAACCCUAAAAAGAAAAUCAAAGAUGCCAAAUUCCCUCCCUUUUUGUGAGACAAAUAGAAAGCAAGAGAGCCAAAGUAUCUAAUGCUCCCAAAAUCGACCGCUCCGUCUCAGAAGAAUAAUUACAGGGUGUUCGGGAACAUGGCUUUGGUUGUUCCAAAGGAGCUGGAAGAACUCGACAAGCCUUCUGCUUUGUCUUCUCCAAGGCCUUUUGAGGUCCGAUUUCAAGUCCCCGAUUUCGGGGUUCCCAUUCGGGAUUUCUUGAGGAGUAGGGAAGUUGGUGAGUUUCUUAGUGGAGCUUUAGCAGGGGCUAUGACUAAAGCUGUUCUCGCUCCUCUAGAGACCAUCAGGACCAGAAUGGUGGUUGGUGUGGGAUCCAAAAACAUUUCUGGUAGUUUUAUUGAGAUCAUUGAGCAGCAAGGUUGGCAAGGACUGUGGGCUGGAAAUGGAAUUAACAUGCUUAGAAUAAUUCCCACCCAAGCAAUUGAGCUUGGAACAUUUGAGUGUGUCAAGCGAGCAGUGACAACAGCAAAAGAGAAAUGGAAACAGAAUGAAAGCCCGAAACUGCAAAUUGGUCAUGUUAAUGUCAACUUUUCUCUUUCCUGGAUUUCUCCAGUUGCUGUGGCUGGUGCAGCCGCCGGAAUUGUUAGUACACUUGCAUGCCAUCCUCUUGAAGUUCUCAAGGAUAGGCUGACUGUCAGUCCUGACAUAUACCCUAGCUUAAGCAUUGCAAUUAGCAAGAUUUACAAGGAUGGUGGGAUUGGUGCCUUUUAUGCUGGUAUCUCUCCAACGCUAAUUGGCAUGCUUCCCUACAGUACAUGUUACUAUUUCAUGUACGAAAAAUUAAAGAAAUCCUACUGCGAAUCAAAGAAAAAAAAAUCUCUAAAUCGCCCAGAGAUGCUGCUAGCUGGAGCUCUUGCAGGUUUUACUGCUAGCACCAUCAGCUUUCCCUUGGAAGUUGCCAGAAAACGACUGAUGGUGGGAGCUUUGCAGGGUAAGUGUCCACCAAACAUGGCAGCAGCUCUUGCUGAAGUGAUUCGGGAUGAGGGCUUGAUGGGUCUUUAUAGGGGGUGGGGUGCUAGCUGUUUGAAAGUAAUGCCUUCCUCUGGUAUCACCUGGAUGUUUUAUGAAGCUUGGAAAGACAUAUUGGUUGUUGAGAAGCGCAUGUUAUGAUGGCUUCAGCAAAACUUGCCAUAGGUAACUAGUUGAGACUGAUGUUGGGCUCCUCUCUUGAGAGUGCAAGUGGAGGGUAGUGGAGUCAGGGUUGUUUAUGGAAAGAUCUGGGAUGAAAUGCAAAGGGGCUGAAGGUAUUUAUAAGUAUGAGCUGCCAGUUUUUAUCUCGAUGACCUGGCAACUUUUACGGAAUUUCUGUUAUUUAGUUCUAAAGAAUCAUUGGGUGAGCUUCAAUUUUGGGGCUGCAUUGAAUAUUCACAUGUACCAACAGGUAUCUUAUAUCACAUGACAGCUAGUAUAAAAUUUUUUGACCAAUUUGGUCUCUUAAUUGUUUUUGGCAAA